GUAGGCUACUUCUUUUCAACGUGCGUCGUUAACGCAAGCAGCAAAAAGAAAGAGGCACACACGUUUAUUUUUGCUGCGAGAGGCCUUGACAUUCUACAUAAUAAACCAGGAUUUCGUCAUUUUUAAGUCGGGAGUGGUGGAAGAGAUUCGCUCUAGUUUGACUAUGGCACACGAAGGCGAAUCUCAGGUUCUCAAAGAGAACAAGGAAGAUACGGACUGGUCAAAAGUUCCAUUUUGGACAUCACAGAGGUUUCUUACUGCAAUAGUCACAUUUUGGGGUUUUGCAGUAUUAUAUCUCCAGCGUGUCAACCUUAGUAUUGCUAUGGUGUGCAUGAUUAAAACGGAAAACAAAACCUUGGAUGGUAAUUUCAGUUUCCUCAGCAAUGAAUCUGCAAACAUUAUCACAACUCCUUCUCCAGUAAUCGGUGACAGUAAUUACUGUGAUUCAUUAGGACUUAAAUCUACAACUGAUAAUACUGGAGAAUUUACUUGGAGUAAAGAAUUACAAGGUCUUCUUUUGGGCUCAUUUUUCUGGGGUUAUUUAGUACUUCAGGUUCCAGGAGGAAUGUUAAGUGAACGUUAUGGACCAAGGAGAGUUGUAAUGUACACUAUGAUGCCAGCUGCUGUCCUUGGACUUAUAUCCCCUGUUUCUGCAAGAGUCAGCCCUUAUUUUUUUCUGGUUAUCAGGGUUUUAAUUGGAGUUGGUGAGAGUGCACUAUAUCCAGCAGCUCAAGCAUUGUUUGCUCGGUGGUCACCUCCUUCAGAAAGAAGCAGAUUGGUGGGUGUUUCACUUUCAGGUGGACAGUUUGGCAAUGCAUUGAUCUUUCCUAUUGGUGGACUUUUAUGUAGCAGUCUAGGGUGGGACUCAGUAUUUUAUGUUAUGGGAGCCAUUGGUUUUGUGUGGUGUAUACUUUGGUAUGUACUAGUAUACGACAGCCCUUCUCUCUCUAGAAGAAUAUCAUCUGCUGAAAGAGGGUACAUUCAACAUCAUGUUUUGUUCAGAGAUGGGCAAAAGCCACAACCUAUGCCUUGGAAAUCUAUUUUUAAAUCCUUGCCAUUUUGGGCUAUACUUGUUGGUCAUACUUGUGGAAAUUAUGGCCUUUACAUGUUGCUCACCCAAAUACCCACAUACAUGAAAGAAGUACUCAAAUUUGAUCUUAAAUCAAAUGGUGCUUUUUCAAUGUUGCCAUAUCUAAGUAUGUGGCUGUUUAUUACUAUUGCUGGGGUAACAUCAGACCUUCUCAUCACUCGAAAUAUCUUGUCACGUGUUGCAACUAGAAAAGUUAUGUCAGCUAUAGGCCUAUUUGGACCUGCUAUUUGUUUAGUAGGUGUGACUUUCAUGGACUGUACUCAACAAAUUGGUGCAGUUGUUCUACUGUGUGGCACUGUUGGUUUAUCAGGUGUUGCAUUUGCAGGCUACAUGGUCAAUCAUGGAGAUAUUGCACCUCAGUUCGCUGGAACUUUGUUUGGUAUAACAAAUGUUGCUGCUACUAUUCCUGGUAUUCUAGCACCUUAUAUUGUUGGUGCUAUUACAACAAACAAAACAAGAGAGGAGUGGCAAAUUGCAUUUUUCAUUGCAGCUGCUAUAUAUGUAUUUGGUGGCAUAUUUUAUGUAGUAUUUGCAAAGACCACAUUGGAAAAAUGGGCUAAGUCACCUCCUACAAAAGAACAGGAUGCUGACUUGCAAGAGUCUCAUCACAUGAUUGACAUUGGAAAUAAAAUAUGAGAGCAUGUUUUGAAUUUUUGAACAAGAAAUGUGUGCUUUUUUGAAUGUAUUAUUACUACUAUUACAGGUGAUUUUUAAAAAUUAGAUCUUCAUUAUCCUAAGUUAAACUGUACAUAACUAUAGAUAUCUUACUUUAAGAAUGGCUAUAGUGCUUUAGGAAAACAUAUUUAAUAUGAUUUUUUUAUUUUAUUACUUUUAAAAAUCUAUAUUCUAAAAAAGUUGUUUACAAAGUAAAUGUUGCAAUUAACUAACUUUUUUUGCAAUAAAAUCAAAUAUGAUUAAUUUAAAUAAAAAAAGUUUACUGCCACUGAAUUAUUCCCUGCUUUAUUUCGGCCUACCAAUGACUCUUAAGAGACUUGCAUGUUUAAUAGUGAUGUAUAAUAUGUGUAAUAAUGAAAACUAUAGUGUUUGAACAAAUAUAUAAACAUCUUAAUAUGAUGAAUGAGCAUUUGAACUUUAUUUCUUUAAUGAUUUCCUUUCAAAGGUGCUAAGUAACACAACUGAAUAUUUUUCUUGCCAAUGAAAUUGUAAAUUUUAAUUGAAAUUUUGAACACUAAAAAUAAUUCAAAAAUUUGCACAAUGAAAAUUAACUUGUAAUCUUAAUAUAAUUGUUAAUUUUUUAAAACUGUGAUUUUGUUAAAUAUUACCUAUUUAUAAAGUUAAAUGCAUCAUAUACUUCUAUGAAAAUCACAGUCAGAACUAUCUGUAUAUUUUUUAAAUGCUGUAAGUGUGCCAUAUAUAGUUUGGAAAUAUUGUUUUAAAGUCUCUCUGUGAUUAUUUGUUUACAAGACCAUUUAAAUGUGUUCCUGCGUGAAUUGUUUAGAAAAGGUUUUUUUAAUGGUACUUUAGAAACAAGACUCAAGUUUUCAAGAGUACUUAAUUCAAGCACAAAAAACUAAGCUUGUUAGAAGCCUGAAUCAAUGUAAGGACGUAGGCAACUCAAUGUAAAUACUCAAAGGUGGUUUAAUAUGAAUUAUUUUACCAUUUUAUAAAAUAACAAUAUAAAAUUCAAUUAAGUAUUUAAAGUAUGUAUUGCAAGGCGCUAAAGCUUGUAAAGCUAGAGAGAGGUAAAUUUAUUACAAAAUUUUAAAAAUUAUAAUUUAUUGUUUAAUUAUAACGCUUAUAAGUUUGUAAUUUACAAGUUUUUUGUUUGUUUUUAUCUUGCUUAGUUUUUGCAUUUUAAACUAUAGUUGGCAAAAAUAACAAGAUAUUUAAUCCGUUUUAUACAGGUCAGUGAAUAGUACAUUUUCUGAAAAAUAAAAUAAAACCAACACAUUUUUACAAGAUCGCUUGUCACUAUCUGUAGCAGAGCAAACUAUCCAAGGAUAACCUGGAAAGUCUCACUUUCUUACCAAGAAAAUAUUUUGAUUCUAUGACAACUUUAGACUCUUAAACUGUCAAGCUGGGGUUAGAAAUGAAAUAUUGAGAGAGAAUAAGAAUUUUGGCAAUGAUCUUCUAUAGUAGACUAUUAUUUAUUAACAUUUAUGGUAUUAACAUUGAAGCUUUCUAUAUGCUGCGAGUGUUGUAACAUCAUAGUUAUUAAAACCUAUUUUGAGCAGGAAUUGUUGGUAAUGAAACUAAUAGAAAUUGUGUUUGAAAUAUGUAAGCUUAUAAUACAUAUACUUAUAAACCAUUGUUUUUUUUAAUUAGUUUAUUUAAUUGCUCCAAUAUUAGAUAUUAGUAAAUGAAAAUUUGGUAUGUUUUAUUCAUUUGUUUUGACUAUAAAUAGCAUGGAGUCGACCAUGUGGUUAUUAAAAAACAUUUACAUUA